ACAGACGAGGUCGAUCCAGAACUUGACUUCGGCUCACUUCGCGACCAGCCGAUGGUUGAGCAACGAUACAACGCCCCUUAUCUUCUCAUGUCGCUUCCGCAAGACUCUGAGGACCGGAAUGUAGCGUCACUGACCGAUGAGACUGACAAUGAAGAGACAAUGCGAAGGGAGAAUGCGACCAUGCAGUCCGAGGGUUAUCAAAACAGACGAGUUGUCUCUGAGAAGGUCGCCAUCUCCAAACACCUGAUCUCUGCAGCUCAUCAGCAAGCUGAACCUGAUCUUGAGGCUCGCAUCGAGGAGAUGUCAAUCCUGGUGCGAGACAGGAUGGAACAGAAUAGAACUCUGGCUGCCGAUAAAGAUCGGCUCUCCAAAGUUUGUCAGGAGCUCGAGGCCAAGAGUGUGAAGCUCCAAAUCACUAUCGACUCUCUCACGACGAAGAACGCCGAGCUCGAGCAAGUUGUAGGCGUCGAAAAAGCGACUCGUCAGGAUAUGCAGUACAAAGCCAAACUUUACGCUCAAAAGAUGCAGCUCAAGUCCACCCAAGCUGUCAGUGACCUUGAAUUGGCCCACAAAAUGCAAUGCACCGAGCUCAAGGCCAGAUCGGAAUCUCUGCUUGCAGAGGCUGAGAGGAGUAAAGCUGAUCGAGAGCAGCUACGAGAGAAGCUAGAAACUGCGAUGGAACAACACAAGACCCUUCGCGAGCUGCGACAGGCUUUUCAUGAAGUACAGAACGAGAACAAGAGUCUUCUUCUCGACCUCGAAGCGGUUAAAGUCAAGUCGUCUGCCCUGGACGAUCAGACUCAAGCUCUGACAGUUGACCUCUCCAACCAUAAGUUCAAAUGUACUGAGUUAGAGAAUGAGCUCGCACGACUGCGACGAGAGGCAGAAACCCGAGCGACCGAGGUCGUGGAGGCAGACUUUCGACUUAAAUCUGUGGCUGAGAAAUUUGCAGAUAUACAAAAGGUUAAGAUCGAUGUCGAAGCAGAGGCCGAACGGGUUAAAAGACAGCUCGAGGAGUCCACGAAACGGAACGAACAAUUGGCAGACGAAUUGCGCCUCAAGAUUAAUGCCACAGUUGACAAUUCUGCGGUCGAGCCUUUGAAGUUGGAGAUUGCCUCCCUCAAGGAGCAGCUCGAACAUGCUCAACGCUCUGAAGCUCAAGCACGUGACUCGAGUGUCUUUGAAAGAUACAAGGCAGACGAGAUGACGGAUGAUGAUAUCGCGUUCUACAAGCAGAUCCAGAUCGACGUCCAGACUGCCUGGACGAUAGAAAAAGCCAAAUACCAGAAUGAGAUUGGUACUUUGUCCAGGACCGUCAAGAAUCUCGGGGGUGUUCAACAGCAGAAGGAGAGUGACCUCUUGCAGAUGACAGAAGAGAUCAAGAGAAUCACUGCCCAAAGUCAGAAAAUCCGAGAAGAGGCCAAUAGAGCCAAGCAAGAGCUGGAAGAAUGCCGAAAAGAGCUCAAGAUUGAAACGGAGGCCAAAGACAGUGCCAACAGCCGAGCUGACAAGCUCCGCGUCCAACUGAUUGCCGCCAAACGAGCAGAGCACCAAUUGGAGGAAGAAGGGAAAAGCCAUCCGGCGAAACCAGUCAAGCAAGCAAACAAGAAGAAGCCGACGACCAAGAAAUGUUCAAACGCCUCGCAAUCAGCAACAGAGGGUUCAAGCAAGGCAGCAAGAGUGGGUGACCGCGACAUCACGCCAGACGAUGAGAUACAAGAUUUCAGCCAAGUAUGCGUAUCAAGGCCUUCUUGAGACUGACUGCCAGAUCGUUCCUGCUAAGCGCGGACCGACGGAUUCUGAAGACAUUAGAUCCUACGAAGACCCCGAGCGGUCUCGAGCUGAACCCUCUCGGUCAAAAGCAAAGACUCCCAAAUUCACUAGAUUCGCAAGUGCAACGCCUGAAAUCAUUGCUCCCGAACCCGAACCUGUACCACAAGAAUCCUCAAGC